AUGGUUUUUAAUGAAGAUUUGUUGUUACUGCUUAUAUUAGUCUUCGUAUGGGCUGAAUAUUUAUGGGAGCUUUAUCUCUCUUUGCGCCAGCUAAAGAUAUACAAGACGAAUAACACCAUUCCCCAAGAUUUAAAGCAAAUGCUCAAUGAAAAUUCAUUUAAAAAGGCGCGCAUUUAUGGUAUAGACAAGUCUCGGUUCAGAAUCUUCAAGGAACUCUUCAACAUUAUUUUGACCACUGUAAUCCUUUAUAAUCAAUGGGUUUACACUGUUUGGAGUAAGUCCGAAGCAAUUGCUGCUUUCUUUAAUAUAAGCUCUGACCAGGAAAUUCUUAUGAGUUGUAUAUUCAUGACAUUUGUAACAGUCUUUAAUUUCAUUGUAAAUAUGCCAUUCACUGUAUACGCUACCUUUGUUCUUGAAGAGAGGCAUGGUUUUAAUAAACAGACUCCAGGCUUCUUUAUCAAGGAUCAAAUUAAAAGUCUUGCACUGAGUUUAGUUAUUACUCUGCCUAUUAUAUCAGUUGCAAUUUAUAUCAUAAUGUUAGGAGGAAACAUGUUCAUAGUUUGGCUAUGGUUGUUCACAACUGUAGUCUCAUUGUUCUUAUUAACUAUUUAUCCAUCAGUAAUUGCUCCAAUAUUUGAUAAGUUUGAACCACUGUCUGAUGGAAAUUUGAGGAAGGGUAUUGAAAGUUUGGCAUCGCGUCUCAAUUUUCCCCUAUCACAAGUGUAUAUACUUGAAGGUUCAAAAAGAUCAGUUCAUAGUAACGCCUACUUUAGCGGACUGUUUGGUGGAAAAAGAAUAGUACUGUUUGACACUUUGCUGGAGAAACAUGAUGAAACAAAGAAUAUUACAACUGGUUGCACAGAUGAUGAAAUAUUAGGGGUGCUAGCGCAUGAAUUAGGGCAUUGGAAAUGUAGCCACAUAUAUAAGUCUAUUGUGCUAACUGAAGUCAAUUUGUUGCUACUUUUUACAGCUUUUGGCCUUCUCUUUAAAAACUCCUUACUUUAUACUACACUAGGUUUCGCUCCUGGACAUGAGCCUGUGAUAAUAGGUUUAAUUAUUGUCCUACAAUUGAUCCUUGCUCCAUACAAUUCCCUCUUGUCAUUCUUUGCUACUGCUCUUUCCCGAAAAUAUGAAUUUGAAGCUGACAACUUUGCUGUUAGUUUAGAUUAUGGUAAGGAAUUGAAAUCAUCGCUUCUAAAGUUAGGAAAGGAUAAUUUGGACUAUCCCAUCUAUGAUAAACUUUUCUCUGCUUGGUACCAUUCUCAUCCAACAUUACUGCACAGGAUGGAAAAUAUUAAGAAACAGAUGGCAAAUAAGAAAGAAAAUUAA